UCGGCACGUUCGGUCAAAGUACUUCAUAUGCUUCCAACUAGUUUGCCGUGAGAAUUAUAGCCGGUGUGUGUGUGGCUGCUCCCUUUUAUUUAUCACCGCUGGGACAUCCUCCAACAAAUGUCAAUCAUGAGUCACUUCUGACUCCAGGAGUCGCCCCUGACCUGUGGGAAUAAAUGUGUCAUCACGCCGGCCAAAGCAGUGGCGCUAUGUUAUGAUGGCUACUAGCUAGCAUACUAGCAGGCUAGCAACCGUAACGAAGGCGAUCAUUAGCUAGCUUGCUAGCAAGCGGACCUCUCGCUCGGCUCAUACUUCUUCUCAAACGGCUCGUCAUAACUCGUCUGUGGGUCCACUUGAGAGGUACCGCGUUGGGCGUCACAAUAAGGAUGUCAGCCUAGCAUCUACACCCAGCGCAUUACUCAUCAUGCCACUGGAAAUUGUGGAAUGUUUUUUUUUGCAAGAUAAUGCACGUCACGCCAGACUUGUGCUGCAGAGAUUUUGAGAGCUCGCAGUCGGCAUUUCUCUGACAAUUACUGCUGGAUGUCUUAUCUUGCGUGCUUCCGGUAAGACGUUGACUAUGUGUCUGGCCGCCUUGGAUUUGCUGGAAUAAACAUUGGCGUAAAGUCUUGUGGAAAAAGAGGAAAAAAAAAAAAAAACAAAGAAGGAGGCCCAGGAGGGGAUAUCUGCUCCCCGGAAACAUGGCUUCAGUUUGGAAGAGACUGCAACGUGUGGGGAAGCACGCCUCCAAGUUCCAGUUUGUAGCUUCCUAUCAGGAGUUGAUGGUGGAAUGUACCAAGAAAUGGCAACCAGACAAACUGGUGGUAGUUUGGACGCGUAGAAGUCGGCGGAAAUCCUCCAAGUCUCACAGCUGGCAACCUGGCAUCAAAAAUCCCUAUAGAGGUGUGGUGGUGUGGCCUGUGCCAGAGAACAUUGAAAUCACUGUCACACUCUUCAAGGACCCUCAUGCAGAGGAGUUUGAAGACAAAGAAUGGACGUUUGUCAUUGAAAACGAGUCUCUGUCAGGCCGGAGAAAAGCCUUGGCCACCAGCAGCAUCAACAUGAAGCAGUACGCCAGCCCCAUGCCCACGCAGACAGACGUCAAACUCAAGUUCAAGCCGCUUUCCAAGAAGGUGGUGUCGGCCACGCUGCAGUUCUCCCUCUCCUGCAUCUUUCUGCGAGAGGGAAAGGCCACGGAUGAGGACAUGCAGAGCCUGGCCAGUCUGAUGAGCAUGAAGCAGGCCGACAUCGGCAACCUGGACGACUUUGAGGAGGAAAACGAGGACGAUGAGGAGAACAGGGUGAACCAGGAGGAGAAGGCUGCAAAGAUCACAGAGAUAGUAAACCAGCUGAAUGCCCUCAGCUGCUUACAUGGCGAUGAUGAUGAUGAUGAUAAUGGAGGUCGUGGUGUCCUGAGGGGAGCAUGCAAAGCAGCCGCUAAGCCUGCCCCUUCCUCCCAAGAGCUGAUCAACAAGCUGAACUUCUUGGAAGACGAGGAUCGGCAGAUGCAUCCAGCCAUGAGCAGCAACCCUUUUGACGAGCCCGAAGACAACCUCGCCGACCCCAACCACCUCAACCCAUUUGGCGAGCUGGACGAGGAAGCAGACCCCCUCGAGCCUCCGCCAACGCCGUCGCAUCAGCGGGUGGACAAUUCCUUCUAUGAUCAUGACUCCUCGAAUCCAUUCAGUGAACCCGAAGAGUCACACUUGACCCCAGGGAAUCCCUUCGAUGAGCUGGACCAGGACACAGAUCCUCAGCCAGAGCUGGAGCCCCCAAAGCCCCGGCCCAGGAAAGGCGCGCGACCCGUUGAUAUGAGCAAGUACUUGUACGCUGACGUCGCUCAAAAUGAAGAAGAGGAGCUCGAUGAGUCCAACCCAUUCUACGAGCCAAAGACCAGCCCAUCACGGAGCCCCACUGGUGGCCCCUCUCUCGAUGCUGUCACCGGCCAGAAGAGGAAGGCUCCGGCGCCUCCCAGCACGGGCCCUGGCCUCAGCCCCAGUGUAACAGCUCCCAAACCAGGCUGUCGCCUGGUUGGGGAGAAAGCCCAGUCGCUCGGGCCCAGUCCAGUGGCAGCAGUCAUUGGGAGAGAUCUGGUCUCCUCUUCCCCAAAGCCUAGCCCAGUGCCGAGCCCGGUUCUGGGAGGGAAGCCCAACGCCAGCCAGUCGCUGCUGGCCUGGUGCCGCGAGGUCACCAGGAACUACCGUGGGGUGAAGAUCACCAACUUCACCACCUCCUGGAGGAAUGGCCUGGCUUUCUGCGCACUGCUGCAUCACUUCAGGCCAGACGUCAUAGACUACAAGUCGCUCAAUCCUCAGGAUAUUAAAGAAAACAACAAAAAGGCAUAUGACGGUUUUGCCAGCCUGGGCAUCUCCCGCCUCCUGGAGCCAUCAGACAUGGUCCUGCUGGCCAUCCCCGACAAGCUGACCGUAAUGACCUACCUCUAUCAGAUCCGGGCGCACUUCUCCGGCGAGGAACUCAACGUGGUACAGAUUGAGGCCAACAGCAGCCGCAGCACCUACAAGGUGGGCGACUUUGAAACUGACACCAACGCCUCCAUAGACCAGGACAAGUUCUAUGCCGAGCUCAACGACGUGCAGAGUCGCUCCCAGGCCGCCGAUUCCGCCACCUCCAUCGGUGAGAGCACCAAAUCUAAUGGCUCCAAAAGCGUAGAAGAAGACCUGACCGAAGGCAAGGUCGAUAUUGGAACACCUUUGGUUGGCUUGGAAACAUCAGCGCCUCCUCCGUCCUCAGCUCCUGUCCCCUCACACCGCACAGCCGCUGACUCCACUCGAGUGACAUCAUCAGGCUCUGAAGACAGGGGCAACCUGCUGAAAGCUAAAACUUUGGACCUCUGCGACCUCCCGCAGAAGUUAGAGUGGGACUUGGAUGACAGCAGACAGCAGGGGGACAAGCAAAGAAUCCAAGGUGGUACGGAAAUGGGGUCCUCUGCCCAAAAAGGGAGUCCCUCCAUUUCGCCUGCUCAUCAGAAAUUGGGUUUCUCUUAUAAUCGGGAUGCUGACCUCAUCAAGAAGAAAAGGGCCAGCCUGCGUCACUCCGAGUCCGAGCCUACGUCAGAUACCAGCUCUCCAGUGAACCAUAAAGACUUAGAAUCCAAACAGGAACCAGCGCCUGCCCCCGUUUCAAGUCCCACCGCUGAGAAGAAAGCCUUGUCCCGUCAGGAGGAGCUGAAGGAGCGAGCCAGACUGCUGCUGGAACAGGCCCGCAGAGACGCCGCCAUGAAGGCGGGCAACAAGAGCAUCCUCAACUCUGGUGUCGCUGCACCAAACAGGAGUACCAACGUCUGUGAUGAGCGGGAUGCCGAGCGGCGGAGACAGCUCAGAGAGCGAGCUCGGCAGCUGAUAGCUGAGGCCCGCUCUGGAGUCAAGAUGUCUGACAUGAGCCUGGACGUGUCUGGCACUGGCAGAGCCAAGGGCAGCAAGGCUAGCCUAGCUCGAGAUGUUGUGGAUGGAGAAGAAGGUCGUCAUAGCGAUGAGGGUGCUGAUGGUAAAAAGGGUGAGGAUGAGGAGGAGCACUUCCAUGUUGGUGGUGGCGAGGAUGACCCUGUUACUGCAACCGCGUCUACAUCCGCCCUGCCUACUAACUAUGUAGCCCUGGAGGUCCCUCUCCCAGCUCCAAUCAGAGGCCAGGGCCCCCUGGAGCUUACUAACCCCAGCUUUGAGCUAACAUCUCUUGGAUCCAACAGCAAGCACGUGGACCUGAAGCUGAAGAAGCUUGCAGAGGUCAAACCGUGCGCAGCCACUGGGCCAUCUUCCCCAUCCUCCUCCAUCUCCUCCUCCUCAUCCUCCACGCCCACCACCGCUUCCUCCAGCUCCCCACUCAGCCCUGUUGAAGGAGCUGAGAACGCAGACGAGUUGCGAGCGGAGCGACUGCGCCGAGCCACCGAGAGGCUGCGCAACCCCGUGGUCUUCAACAAGGACUCUGCGGUCAGAAAGACGCAACUCAAGUCUUUCAGUCAGUACGUGGAGAACAGACCAGAGGUGAAAAGACAAAUUUCUGCUCCUGAGGACCUGAAGAAGACAGAGGAUGACGAUUGGGGGUCACAGAUGGAAGUCGACAUCCACAGACCAUUUGAAGAAGAGAAGGCGUUCAAAGACACGAGUCAGUAUGUGGUCGGGGAGCUGUCUGCGCUGGAGAGCGAGCAGAGGCACAUAGACGCCCGAGCGGCUCGCGUGGAGAAGAGGCUGCGCUAUCUCAUGGACACAGGCAACAACAAGGAGGAGGAGGAGGCCAUGAUGCAGGAGUGGUUCAUGCUGGUCAACAAGAAGAACGCCCUCAUCAGGCGACAGAACCAGCUCUCUCUGCUGGAGAAGGAGCACGACCUGGAGAGACGCUUCGAACUGCUCAACAGAGAGCUGAGAGCCAUGCUGGCCAUCGAAGACUGGCAGAAGACGGAGGCCCAGAAGAGACGCGAGCAGCUGCUCCUGGACGAGCUGGUCCUGCUGGUCAACAAACGAGAUGCGCUGGUCCGAGACCUGGACGCCCAGGAGAAAGAGGCUGAGGAGGAGGACGAGCACCUGGAGAGGACGCUGGAGCAGAACAAAGGCAAGAUGGCCAAGAAAGAGGAGAAGUGUGUCCUGCAGUGACAUCAUCUUUUUAUUUUCCCCUUUCUUCUUCUCUUUCAAACGGUACUUUUAUGGCCGCCACUGUUUGAUGACCUUUUUUUUGUGGGGGGGG